ACUAGAGGCCUCUAUCAUUCUCUAUGAUUGGUGAUGACUUGUAUGGUAGUGGACCUCGCCCUGGGUCGUCUGUUAACAUUUACAGGCCAAUAGCUUAUCUGUCUGUGCUACAAUCAUUGUCAUUGGCGGUAUAAACCCAUUUGGAAGUUAAGACUUGUUGUGUGUGGUCUAAUUUGUCUUUUUAAUGUUGUUUUUUUGUGUGAAGAGGGUGAAGUGAAAGCUACUGGAGAUUGUUUUCUCUGACUUUUCUUAGAAGGCAGCUUUACUAAAAAGGCUAAACCGUCUACAGUGAAAUUUACUAAGACGUCGCGUGCCGUAUCAGGAAGAAUGAACGUGAUCAUAGGAACAAUGCGUAAAGGGACCAGGGCAACUUUGAGGCAACCUCGGCUAUUUACGGCUCUUGCCAGUUCAAGGAUGCAGUGCUCCACUCAGACCAAUAAACCUGUUGUCGCUGCCAAGAUGCCUUUCAGGGUGAAAGUGACUGGAGGCAAACGCUACGUCUGGUGUGCCUGUGGACACAGCAAGAAACAGCCCUUCUGUGACGGUGCUCACAGGUCUAAAGCACCCAGCAUCUCUCCACGACUCUUCACUCCCGAGAAGGACGGCACCCUUAUGCUGUGUGCCUGUAAGCAAACCAAAAAUGCACCUUACUGCGAUGGCACACAUUUCAAGGUCCUCUUCCAGGAUCUAGUCAGCUCAGUGAAAAAAGUGUUUAAAAUGAAUAACGUUUAAAAAAAAUGGCAUGACGCAGCUAAUUUCCUUAUAACUGUACCGCCUAUAUUCAUUGUUCAUGAAUCACUUGUUGACAAACAUUUUAUUUAUGAUAAAUGGAAAAGGGCAUUUAUGUUUUGUCACUGUCCAUAAGGGAAUAAAUAAUGGCCUACUAUUUCAAUACA